AAAGAGGAAGUGAGAAGGAGGUGCUGAAAGCCCCACAAAGCGCUGCACGGUACACAGCACUACAAGAAGGGGAAGUGUAAGCAACAGCAAAGUUCCCGCAACACAAGUCUGAAAACAAAGACAAGCAGAUUAUUCUCCCAAACAGGUCUGAUCAGAGGCGUUACAAAAUGGCUCAAGGCUGCCUCAAGUGUUUAAAGUACACCAUGUGCUUCGCCAACUUCCUUUGUUUUAUGUGUGGCGUGGCGGUGAUGGGCUUCGGUGUGUACAUGAUGAUGAACAGGAUGGACGCUCUGACCCCGACCUUGGCCAGCUUCCCCUUCGCCAACAUGCUGCUGAUCAGUGGCAUCGUCAUCACCUGCGUGUCCUUCCUGGGCUUCCUGGGUGCUCUGAAGGAGAACCGCUGUUUCCUCCUGACGUUUUUCCUGCUGCUGUUCAUCCUGAUGCUGGUGGAGCUGACUGCAGCAUGCCUGCUACUCAUGUAUGAGGGAGAGAUUGCUAAAUUGGUGAGAGAAGAUCUCAACAAGGGUUUGGAAAAGGCGAAAGGAAAGUCUGGAAAUGCAACGAUGAGCGAAUGGGAUGCCCUUCAGGCGGAGCUUGAUUGCUGUGGAGUCAACAAUGUGACAGACUGGGGAGACAAACCGCCGGCUUCUUGCUGCUUGAAGGAUUGUGACACCCCAAAGGCCGACUACAGAAAACAGGGUUGUUUGACAAAGAUGAAGGACUUGUUUGAGGAGAAUUUUCUUACCACUGGGAUUUCUGUCAUUGUUCUCUGCAUUAUCGAGGUCUUGGGAAUGUGUUUCGCCAUGACGCUCUUCUGCCACAUCAGUAGAUCUGGACUGGGCUACAAGUUAUAGACAAUAUUCUCUCAAACAACUGAUCUUUUAGCUACAUAUUUUAGACGUAAUACUGUUGUACAGUUCUGUCCUUUGAAAAAAAUUAAAUAAAAAAUCAUGUUUGCAGACGGCUAGAGAAGUUUCUGCGGAAAAAAAGCUGAUUUAAGAUCAGAAGAUAAUUAUUUUAUGAAGACAAAAUUGUGACUUUAAUAAUAUUUGUUUUUGUAAUCAAUGUUUUGACAAUAUUUUAGAGCUUAACACAGAAUUUUUUUUUUCAUUCACUAGAAAACUAAACAAAAAUGUUUCAGGCAAGACAACUCUGGCCUUCCGUGAUUGUGAGCGAACGAGCUGUAAAAUGCUAUUUCAGUGUGAGCUGUGUUAAAUGUUGCUAAGUUUCUCUCUACUUCUCUACAUUGUAAAUCUUUUUCAGGAUUAAUUAUGAAAAAUAGCUUUUCCUGUAAAAUAUUACAUAUCUACUGUAACUGUCUUCCACAUACUUUUCCAACUUAACUUUUGGAAAACCUGUAAUAUACCAAUAAAGUAUUCUUUACAGUAUUUAGACUGCACCUUA